AUGAUCAAAUUGGAUUCUGAAGGCAGUCAGCAAACUAUACUUUACUUAAAGACUUAUGUGGAUACCUUGCACAGUCUCUGCGCAGUUGACAUUUUUGUUGGACAUGACAUUUGUCUGAUAUCUCCAGAGUGCACUGAGAGAUACUACCUCAGCAAAACGAGGUCGGACGGCGAAGUGCCGGUAGUACCGGCCGGUGAGCGGAACGGUGGCGGCGGAGCGGGCGGUACCGGGUACCACCACCAUCCGGCGACGGCGUCCCCGACCGCGACGGUCGCCGCGGCGGCAGCGGCAGCAACGGCAGCCGCCGGCGGCUGGCCCCCAGGACUCAGCUUGGAGUUGGAUCCUGUGGCGGCAGCCUGGGGGAGGAAGCUCUAUCCAGGCAGUGGCAGUUCCCGCGUGGCCGGUCCCGGUCUGAUGUUCGGUCUCCACCAUCCUGCCCAUCACCCGCAGGACGCGGCCGCAGCGGCUGCAGCAGCUGCAGCUGGUCUGCACCACCACCAUCAACCACGAGGUCCAAGCUUGAAGGAGGAACCCAUGCCUUCAGCUAGGUCGUGGAUGCAAACCGCUGUUGCCGAUCAGAAUGGGUAA